AUGGUGCGUGAUCGAUUCUGCAUGGAUUAUAAGAGGUUUGUAGGAGCUCCUGAAUGGUUUUCGAGAUUGUUCACGUUGGAAGAGAGCGAGGAAUGGGUAAGAUUCAGUUCUCUAUUGGAAGGAGCUCGCAUAUCGUCAUCUCCCGAUAGAUGGGUAUGGUUAGGGAAGAAGAACGAGGAGUUUUCCGUCAAAAGUGUUAAAGGCUUUAUACGAAGCUCCAUGGACAAGAGCGGAAGAUUUCUUUUCAAAUGGGCUAGAGAGAUACCAAAAAAAUGCAAUAUUUUCAUGUGGCGAGCAUCUAUGGAUCGUAUACCUACAUAUAAAGCACUACAAAGUCGUAAUUGCUUUUUUGGGAUGUUAAAUUGUGGGUUAUGCGAGGCUUAUGAGGAGACAAUAGUACAUCUUCUAUGUCACUGUCAAAUAGCGAUUGAAGUGUGGGGAAGAAUUGCAAGUUGGUGCAAGGUAAGUCCAUUUGUUGUGUCAUCAAUUAAAGAUCUUGUGGAGCUGUUUACUAAAGUCGGGUUCAGCAAGAGGAAAAGCAAAAUAUUUAAGGGUAUUAUAUUCAUUGCUUGUUAG